AUGCUGCUGCUGCUGCUGCUGCUGGCACCGGCUGAAGUCGAGGUUGUCGCUGCUGUGAUCCGCGGCUCCUCGCGCAAGCGCAAGCGAUAUUCGGCCCACAUCAUCAGCAAUGCAAUCUUACACUGGUACAAGGUGAAGAAUCUAACCCCCAGAGGGGUGAGCACCCAGGCUUCCCUCUUCAAGAAGCUCUGUCGGAAAACGGAUGCAUCCAACAUGAAGGCCAUGCAAGAGCUCAAGACGGAGCUACUCCCUUUCCUUCCGCGCAAGAAGAACCAGGCAGACUCGGAGGUGCUCGAGAGCUUGAAGUCCAUCGGCCCGAUGAAGACGCAGCCUUUCCUGCCCAAUGUUCAGUGGAAAAGUGGAAACGUCACAGAAGAUGCUGAGGGCGGCUGUGAGGAUUGGGAGGCUGGUGGUACGCAAAAGAAGAAGAGGUCGAAAGGGCCUGCCAAGAAAAAGGGUGCCAAAGGAAAACCUGUGCAGAGUGAGGAGAGCACCCCCUCGAAAGAGAAGCCCAACAAAAGGAUGAUGGUUUUCGGGAAGUACACUCCGGGAAAGUUUGCUCAGGCCCGGAAAAGCUACAUAGCUCGGAUUAAGGACACCUGUGGCUACAGAGAGGCUUGCAAGCGCUGGAACAAUUCAGAUGAGAAGUGGGAGCUUCUCAGUGAGAUGCCCCAUCAGGACAACGACUUUGUCGAGUUGUUCGCUGGUGAUGCUGAGGAUGGUCGCCAUGGUGUUGGCAUGGAUAUUAUUGAUGACCCCAUGGCCUUCGACCUCACCUCUGAUGUUGGGUUUAUCUUGGCGAUUAAUGAGGCUGAGCUUCUGCCGCCGAAGGACCCGUACCGUGUGGACAUGGCCAAGACCGACUUCGAGCUGUUCCGUGAUCACAUGUCUGACUUGGACAAGGAUACUUUUGAUGAU